AUGGAGAUCGCCCGCACCUCCUUGACUCACGCCCGUGCCCCCCAUUUUCUGUGGCUCUACGCGGUUAGGUACGCCGCUCACCAGCUGAACCUCUGGCCACGCGUCUCUCACCCAGAGGCUUCACCGACCAGUCUUUGGACCGGGUCCCCUGGUGUUGCGUCGAGGUUUCGUGUCUGGGGUUGCUUGGCUCUUGUCCGCGUCACUUCCGCGGACAAGCUCUCACCUCGCGCCGUUCCUUGUGUCUUCCUUGGUUUCCUUGAGGACUCCUCUGACUUCACCUUUUACCACCCUCCCUCUCACCGGUUCUUUGACUCCCGUGACGACCGUUUCGAGGAGUCCACCCCCUACUACGUUAGGUACCCCAGUCGAGGUCUCCCAGUUCCUCCUCCCUCUCUCUUCUUGACUUCCGCUCCCCCUCCUGCUCCCCCGGUACAGCCUCCCCCCCCUGGUCCCGCCCCGUCAGGUGUGUCCCAGGCUACCCCUCCCCCCUUGGUAGCCCCUCAGGUACAGCCUCCUUCCCCGCAGUCCUCCUCGCAGCCUGCUGCAGACCUUGCGGGAGCCGGUGCUCAUGGAGAGGGCCCUAUAGGUGCUAGCUCUGGGGGUGCUGGAGUUGAAGCUGAGCCUGUGACGUCUGGGGGUGCUACGUCUGGGGGUGCUACGUCUUUGGGUCCUGGUGAGCAUGGUCGUGUUGCUAUUGGUGGUGCUGACUCUGGGGGUGGUGCGCUAGGUGCUUUGGAGGGCGGUCCCGGGGCUGCCGCAGCCCCCGACACUACCCCUCCACCCCACCCCUACCCGACCCAGCACCAAGCUCGUGUUCGUCGUGCCCAUGAGGAGCAGCUGGAGUUGGAGAGAGAGGAGAGAGAGUUGCAGCGGCUGGAGGAGCAGCAGCAGCUGGAGCCGCCGCAGCAGCAGGAGGCGCAGCAGCUGGAGCCGCUACAGCAGCAGGAGGAGCAGCAACAGCCGCCGCCGCAGCAGCACAGCAGCCGCCGCCGCCGCCGUAGCAGCAGCAACCGCCGCCUCCUCCUCCUAUCUCUGGUCUUCGGGCCCUCGCCUCCGUUGUCCCCUCCUCCUCCGACUUGGGCCUCUCGUUGCUCCCCUCGUGCUCGUCCUUCGUCUCCUGUUCUCGUUACUGACCUUCGUACUGCCCUCUUUCGUUCUAGUCCGCCUCGUUCGUCCCUGUCUCUUUCUGUCGGUCUUGUGGCUGCUCCUCCUACCAGUCCUUUGGCCAUCUGGGGUGAGUCUUCCCCUAGGGUGAAGCGGCCACCGGGAUCACCUCCGGUAUUCAAGGCGCGCUAUGUGGCUAGAGGUUUCAGUAAGCGCGAGGGAGUUGACUUCUUUCAGACCUUCACGCCUACCCCAAAGAUGACCACUCUUCGGGUGUUACUGCACGUAGCAGCACGGAGAGACUACGAGUUACACUCUCUCGACUUCUCCACUGCAUUCCUUCAGGGUAGCUUACACGAGGAGGUCUGGCUGCGUCGUCCCUCUGCCUUCACUGACAAUUUCCCUCCUGGGACCCAGUGGAGGCUGAGGCGACCUGUCGACGUUCUUCGUCAGGCUCCUCGUGAGUGGCACGACACUCUUCGUUCUACCCUCUCUGACCUUGGGUUUUAG